CGAGGGAGGGAAGUAAGUGCGCGCGCUCUCUCUCUCUCUCUCACUCUGUGGUGCACACACACAAACACACUCUGACUCACACACACAUUCGCACCAGCUGUGCUGUUGUCAGUCUUGGAAUGUAAGCUCUGCUGCGAGGAGUCUGAUUCUCCAGCGCUAAGCUAAGCGCCGCUCAGGAGUACACAGCGCUCUCGCUCCCUGACACAAACACGCACACAAAAACGCACACGCACACGCACACACACACACACACAGAUGGAUGCUAAGCUGUGAAAAUCAGAAAAAAAGAAAAAAGAAAAAAAGGAAACCUGAAGGACGUCGACGUGAGGAAUACAAUGACUAUUCUGAUGACACUUCCUGCCACGAGCCUGCUACGAUAAUUCAGAACUCACCCAGGACGUUUCGCCCGCCACACAUCAGCUGACUGGAUACCAUGGUAACCAAUCGGGUUGUGCUGCUGCUGCUGCUCUGUAUCCCGUGGCCCAGCAUCGCCCUGCCUUUCACACCUGGGAAUAUUGGAAAACUGCUGGGGAUGGCAGAGAGUGAUGGGAGGAUCCUCCAGCGCUCCAAACGGGGAUGGAUGUGGAAUCAAUUCUUUCUGCUGGAGGAAUACACGGGAAAUGACCAUCAAUACGUCGGCAAGCUCCACUCCAACAUGGACAAAGGCGACGGCACCGUGAAGUACGAGCUGACCGGAGAUGGCGCGGGCACGCUGUUCCUCAUCGACGAGAAGUCGGGCGACAUCCAUGCCACCAAGAGGCUGGACCGCGAGGAGAAAGCCAUGUACACGCUGCACGCCAAAGUCCUGGACCGGAGAACCAACAUGGAGCUGGAGCCCGACACCGAGUUCAACAUCAAGAUCCACGACAUCAACGACAACGCGCCAAAGUUUGCCAAGGACAUCUACUUCGCCAGUGUCCCUGAAAUGUCUGAAGUUGGUACAUCUGUCGCCACUGUGACUGCCACUGAUGCCGACGAUCAAACGUAUGGGAACAGUGCCAAGCUCGUAUACAGCAUCCUACAGGGACAGCCGUAUUUCUCUGUGGAUUCUGAAAAUGGCACCAUAAAAACAGCACUGCCCGGCAUGGACAGAGAAGUCAAAGAGAACUAUCAGGUUGUGAUCCAGGCUAAAGACAUGGCUGGACAGAUGGGAGGGCUGUCAGGAACCACCACAGUCAGCAUCACCCUCUCCGACGUGAACGACAGCCCGCCACGCUUCGCUAACCAUUCCUUCCGCGUGACUGCCGUGGAGUCGACGGACAUUGGAGGCGCUAUUGGCCGAAUCAAGGCCGAUGAUCCAGACGUCGGGCGCAAUGCGGAGAUGGAGUACAGCAUCGUCGGCGGUCACGACAUAUUCAACAUCAUCACCGACCAAACCACACAAGAGGGAGUCGUUAUCAUCAAAAAGCCUCUGGAUUAUGAAAGUAAGAGGGAUUACGAGUUCCGAGUGGAGGUGAGAAACACCUACUUGGACGCCAGGUUCAUCCACGGUUUGCAGUUCAAAGACUACGCCACGGUCAAGGUCACAGUGGAGGACGUGGACGAGCCCCCGGUUUUCACCAGGAACCCGUACAUCAUUGAGGUACACGAGGACACUGCGGCCGGAAGCUUCGUCGGCGUAGUGUCGGCCAGGGACCCCGACGCCGACAACAAGCCAGUCAAAUACUCCAUCGAUCGACACACAGAUCUCGAGAGGUUGUUCAACAUCGACUCUGUGAACGGUACCAUCACGACGCUGAAAGCUCUGGAUCGAGAGAUGUCCAAAUGGCACAACAUCUCUGUGGUGGCCACUGAAAUAAAUAACCCGCGCCAGACGACCCGAGUCCCUGUGUUCAUCAAGGUGUUGGACGUCAACGACAACGCUCCGGAGUUUGCGAUGUCCUACGACACGUUCGUCUGCGAGAACGUCAAAGCGGGACAGCUGAUUCAGACGAUAAGUGCCGUGGACACAGACGAGCCCCUGGUCGGACACAAGUUUGUCUUCAGUAUAAGUGCCACCAACCCAAACUUCACUAUCAGUGACAGGGAAGAUAACACGGCCAACAUAUACACGCGGAGGGGAGGCUUCAGCCGGCGCGAGAUGAGCGUGUACUUCCUGCCCAUUGUCAUCUCGGACAACGACUACCCCAUCCAGAGCAGCACCAGCACGCUGAUCGUGCGCGUGUGCGCCUGCGACAGCCGUGGGAACAUGCAGUCGUGUGACACGGAGGUGCUGCCCUUCUCAGAUGGCCUCACGACGGGAGCGCUGGUGGCCAUACUGCUCUGUGUCAUCAUUCUCCUCAUGAUCGUGGUGCUGUUUGCUGCCCUGAGGAGACAGAGGAAGAAGGAGCCUCUGAUCAUCUCCAAGGAGGAUGUCAGAGACAACGUUGUCAGUUACAACGAUGAAGGGGGCGGAGAGGAGGACACUCAGGCCUUUGAUAUCGGCACGCUGCGCAACCCAGAGGUGAUGGACGCUAACAAGCUACGCAGGGACAUCAUACCCGAAAUGCUGUUUCCCUUUCGGAGGACAUCACCUAUAAAGGAUAACACGGACGUCAGAGACUUCAUUAACGGGAGGCUUCAGGAGAACGACUCAGAUCCCACAGCGCCCCCCUAUGACUCGCUGGCCACGUAUGCCUACGAGGGCACCGGGUCACUGGCGGAAUCCCUCAGUUCGCUGGAGUCUGCCGCAACGGAGGGUGACCAGGAUUACGAUUACCUCAACAACUGGGGGCCGCAGUUCAAGAAGUUGGCAGAGAUGUACAUAGGCAGGAGCCCGGACAGAGAGACCUAAAAGAAGCCAUGACAGUCUCUCUCUCUCUUUUUUCCCCUGUCCAUUAUUGUUUCUGUCUGUUUCUCUAGCUACUUACCCAGACAGCUACACUACUGUGCAAAAUAAAAAAAAACAACCCACAAAGUCAUAUUUCCGUUUGAGAGCGACCUUGCUGAUGAUGCAAAACUGUGAUUUUAUGUCUGUCAGAUUAUGAAGCCUGAGGUGUUUUUAAUGGGAUGACGUGAUUGGAAAGUUAGCAACAAAUCAACGGGAACAUACACAACAUUCUGUAUGUACAAGUGUAACCUCUAACUUUUCAUAAGACUUCACUGCAAACACAUACAACAAGGAGCAGCAAUAACAGGCUGUAUGUGGAUGAGAGAAAUAAGCGUUAUUAGUUUUACAUGUGGAGUCCUAAUGUUCCAUGUCAGCAAGGAUUACGCAGACUUUUACCUGGGGCUAAAAAGGGUCUGGAACAAUUACCCCAAGUAAUACUAAUUCUGUACGACUAGACCAGCAGUAAAUAUUCCGUCGUGUCCUGUUUAUAAGUAGUUUUCCGCGGAUUUUCAAGCUCGGAUCGAUGCGUGAUGUUGAUGCGUGUCUUCACUUGUGAUAUCGAGACAUGAGGUCAGGAGGUGACGGCGGUGCAUAAAUCAGGCGCCACUCAGUGUCCGAGAAGCCGGGGGUAAAGUUGUUUUUGCGCUGAGCUGGGUCAGGGAUCAUCGGGUUCGCUAUCCCCCUUGCCCUCCCGUGUCAGGUUACUGGGAAGUGUGAAGGUCUACCCAUUUGUUGUAGAUUUACUGAGAUUUCUUAUCCCAUUUGAAUUGGCCAAUAAUAUUACAGAUUACAUUACUCUCCACCUCUCCAUGUAAAACUAAUCCCGUCCGAAUAGUGCUUUAGAGAGAGUGUUAGCUUUGGCCAAAGCUUACUGUUUUGCUACUAGGGUUGGGGAGGGAAAAAAAAUCAUCUCAUCCAAUAACGAUAUCACAGUACUCAGCAUAUUGCAAUAUUGCGAUAAUAUUGUAUCGUGACCUACGCAUCGCAAUAAUAUUGUAACGUGGUGUCUCUGGUGAUUCUCACAACCGAUUAUCAGCUUUCAACCAUCGGUAUCACACAUUUAUUCUCCACGGGUCAAGAUAUUUUCUUUUUUUACGAAUGCUGUUCAUUUAAUGACCAAAAUAUAAUGAACUCCUUACAUACAGAGCCUUUAUGUGCAUACGGCAUUAGGUAUGUAAUAGCACAUAUGCAGUAAACUACAACAUCAGGGGUUGUAGUACUUGAAAAAGUCAAAAAAAACAAUAACGCAGGUGUUGCAAACGGCAAUACCUAGGAUUACACUGGAGGGUUCGCGCUACAUUUCAAAUAACAUACGAAGGUUGCACUGAAUAAUUGACACGUUAGCGUGUAAAAGCUAAUUAUUUUCUGAUAAUUGUCAUUUUUAAAUACUACACACACACUUUUUGCUUUUCUCUGGUUGCACUUGUUGAUAAAAAGACUGAGAAAUAAUGUAUUUUAUUGCUUAAAAAACAACAAAAACUAAUGUUGGCCUUUUUGCACAGUACUGUGUUGAUCUGGUUAGUGAGCUAGCCAGCUAGUCUGACUGUCCGUCUACCUAUCUAUCAAGCUAUCUAUCUGUUUAUCUGUCUAGUUUGCUAGCUAGCUCGCUGGUUGACUAGUGGUCUAUUUGAUUCUCAUACACGCGCUGUGUGCGCGGGACGCUGAAAAAUGGAAAAAUCAAGACUUGAACUGAGUUGAACUUUUCUCACCACUGAGUGGGAAACACAAUGUAAUUCUCAACGUUUUAUCCGUUUUUUGGUCAUAAUCAGUAAAGAUGCCUUCGACUUUUAGGAUUUUUUGUGAACAAUGGUGUGGACAAUGUGUGUUUUUUGUAAGUGACCCGAGCGAUAGUAGUAUUGUAUACUAUCAAUGUUUAAUGGCACUGGACUGGGGGCUUUGGAUUCCGGGGGAGGGGAAGGAGUUGAGGAGCUCUGUUAAAAUGCUGUAAAACAAAAAAAGAAAGAAGAAAAAAAAAAAGUGUUUUUAAAUGAUGGACAUCCUCUAUACUAUUUGCUAUCCUUGUUUGACGAGCAAUGUUCAUGUGAAUGGUUGGUGCAGUUUAUUUGUCAAACUGUGAAUUCAUUUCAUCAUUAUAGGUGUACAAUGUAAUGGAAAAAGUGUAUGUCGUAGGAAAAAAAAUCUGUCAUACACUGAAUUCAUGCUGUUUGAAUGCCAAGUCAUAUUGUUUUAUAUUUAUAUUUUUAUACUUAUUUUCUCAAUAAAAACGAUGUGCAAAUGAA